AUGUCGUCCGCUAUUCAGCAAACCUUCUCUCUCCGUGUUUCUUCCGGCGUCAAGACCGUCCAUCUCCUCGGCUCUUGGGACAACUACUCUGGCCAGCUUCCCCUGUCCAAGGACCGUAGCUCCUCCAAGGGUUCGUGGAAGGGCACCUUCCGCUUCCAGUCCAACGUCGUCGAGCCGGGUCAGCGCUACUGGUACUACUUCAUCAUCGAUGGCUACCACGUUUCGCACAACCCUAGCGAGGACUUCACCGUCGAGCCCACCACUGGCCGCUCACUGAACAUCCUCGACGUCGCCAAGUCGUCUUCCAAGUCUUCUUCCUCCAAGACCUCGUCCCGCCACUCCCGUGAGUCCCACAAGUCGUCGACCUCGUCCCACAAGGGCCGCUCCAGCCUCUCGGGCGACGUCGCCAAGGGCCGUCCCCUGUCCGUCUCUCAGAUCAAGGCUCCCAAGCCCGUGUCGCCGAAUGCCACCCGCCACAUCCUCGAUGUUGACUUUGACGAGGAUGAGCUCAGCACCCGCUUUGCCUCGACCGGCAUCUACGACGAGUACGACGAGGACGUCAUCACCGACUUCGGCCGCGCCUCGUCCGCCUCUUCCGGCUCCUCGGUCUCGUACCGCUCCGACAGCUCCAGCCCCAACUCGUCAAUGUCGGGCUACAGCACCCCGGGCUCAGACUGCUCCUCGUGCACCUGCGAGCGCUACGGAAUCACCCGCAAGGGCGAGCGCGUCCGUAUCGACUGCGGCGGCUCCCGCUGCAGCUACGAGGACUCCUGCUCGUCCGAGGAGGAGGAAUACGUCGAGCGCAGCUCCCGCCGCAACGGUAUCGUCGUCCGCCACUGA